GUAAUCCCAGGGCCUAGUCAACGUAUUGAAACUUAAUAUAUUAAAACAAAAACUCUUUGAACGAGAAGUCAGAUAAUUUAUUUAAUCGCGAUUAUCGGUCCGACCCAAAAUGCCGUCGGAAGAAAAUUAAAGGCAGUGAAUCAUGAAAUUAAACUUGGAAUCGGCUCACAGGUGUGCGAGUGAAGAGGCCGAAUGAAUUCGUUCGCUGAGAUAGGUAUUUCAAAUAGCGUGCUCGCGUAAUACGAUAGCCGAUCUUAAUUUAUUUAUUGGAGGAUUACAUUUUAGGAGUUGAAUUAAUUUUUAAUUUUGUCUUUUUUUCAAAAUCGCGUGUGGGAAAAUCCACAAUAUGUAAUUUCACCAAUACGCUGAUCUCACAGCACAGCGAUAAAUAAAAUAAAUCACCCGCGAACGAGAAUUGUAUUCAUAUAUAUCCGCUCGUCAAUAAGCACAAAAGUAUGUAUUUUACGAUGACAACAUAUUUUAAUCCUGACAUAUUGGUUCCUCGUUGCACCACGCCAGACAAUCAAAUGUGAAGCUGAUGUAAGUCCAAGAACUUCGAAUGGCGAAAGUGUGACUGCCAUAAUGCAUUCGAGUUUAAUUUGACGUGCCCCGGCAAACGAACGUGCCCAAUCACAAAACGUUGGAAACAAACAGGAGCUUCAUUAUCAGAGUGAGCCGGUUCAGAAGCACAACCGUGCCUGCUCGUCUGUGACAAACAAGCGCCUCUGACAAACGUGCUCGAUUGGUGGUUUUGGAAUCUCGACUCGAUUCGCAGCCGUGAUUCGAACGUGCCGUCGAUCAGAAAUCGUGGACUUAAACAAAUCAUUGGAAAUGUAGAAAUGAAUUGACAUACUUGGAACAAUAAACAAGAUCGUGUUGUUUCUUCGAUUCUUAAACUUGAUUUAUUGGAUUUAAUGAUGCAAGGUAAACGAACAUGAAAGACAAGUCAAAGAAUGCCGCCCGGACGCGGCGCGAGAAGGAGAACGCGGAGUUCUACGAGCUCGCUAAGUUACUUCCGCUACCCACGGCGAUCACGAGCCAGCUUGACAAGGCCUCCAUCAUUCGACUCUCCACCAGCUACCUGAAGAUGCGCACGGUGUUUCCCGACGGGUUGGGAGACCAGUGGGGUCAGGUCCCGUCCAAACACAGGACCCCUCUAGAAAAGGAGUUAGGAUCACACUUGCUACAGACACUAGACGGGUUCAUAUUUGUGCUGGCGCCUGAUGGCAAGAUCAUGUACAUCUCGGAGACGGCGUCAGUUCACCUCGGCCUUUCACAGGUAGUGGAAUUAACCGGAAGUUCAAUAUACGAAUACAUCCAUCCAAACGAUCACGAUGAAAUGGCCGCCAUAUUGACAUUUCAACAACCGUGUAAUCCGCAUCUUGUGAGAGAUUAUGAGGUGGAGCGCUCUUUCUUUAUUCGCAUGAAAUGCGUUCUUGCCAAACGGAAUGCUGGCCUGUGUUCAGGAGGUUACAAGGUGAUACACUGCAGCGGGUACCUGAAGAUGCGCACGUGCGCGAUGGAGCUGCCCCCAUACGAGGCUCCCGGGGGUUACAUCCAGAACGUGGGCAUGGUGGCAGUGGGCCACUCCCUGCCGCCGAGCGCCAUCACGGAGAUCAAGAUGUUUAACAACAUGUUCAUGUUCCGCGCUAGCCUUGACCUCAAGCUCAUAUUCCUCGAUGCAAGGGUCGGCCAGUUGACGGGAUUUGAGCCACAGGAGCUGAUAGAGAAGACCCUCUACCACCACAUACAUGUCUGCGACAUAGUAAACAUGCGCUUCGCCCACCAGACCCUGCUGCUGAAGGGUCAGGUGACGACGCGCUACUACCGAUUCAUGUGCAAGAGCGGGGGCUGGGUGUGGAUGCAGAGCUACGCGACCAUUGUGCAUAACAGUCGCUCCUCGCGACCGCACUGCAUCGUCAGCGUCAACUAUGUGCUCAGCGAGGUGGAAGCACUUCCAUUGAGAACCCAUAUCGAGCAGACGGCAGUGAAAGAAGCGGGAGAAUUCGGGCUUCAGGAACGGCAAAAAUUAGGCAAAUCCAGAACUCCAAAAUCGAAACACAGACAAUCACCUUAUCCCGGACUUAAUGAUAGCAGAGAGUUUUCAAACGAUUUUGAAAAUGGAUUUAAAAACGAUUUGUUGGACAUUGGCCCACCGGUGCAGGCGUUUCAGGUAUUCCAUAUUCGCCAUCUUUAGUGACGCAUGCGCAUGACGCAUUCGAACGCUACAACUCAAUGUAUUCAUCGUAUUCUAGUUUAGUGCCCGGAUCUCAAAUGUUCAAGGAUUGUGCGUAUAGUUACAGUUCAACGACGCAGCCUCAUUUUGAUAGCGGAGGGCAAUUUCGUUCCGUGUGUGACGAUCGGCUUAUGCCGAGGGAUAGCGUGGAAUUCCUGCACUUACCCACGAAUACUUGUGACGAACCCAAACUGGAUGAGACAAUUCAUCUUACGCCAUUAGCCCGAGAAAUUAGGGGUUCCGGUCAGUGUUCGCGAAGCAGUAGUCGUAGUGAAGCAAUUAUGUCCAGCAAUAGGUCCGAGUCGUCUGCUUCGGAUGUUGACGUCACUUCCGAUGAUCUCGACGUCAGUAAAUUAGAUAAGCCUUGCUUAAACUUAUCGAAGGAACGCUCUGGUGUUCCAAAUGAGGCCAUUCCUCAAUCAGUCAUAAUGCGCAUGCCAAAUCACAGUCAAUCUUUUUCUCCGUCCCUACGGUAUAGCUGCGACUUCAACAAAUCUAGUUUGUCUAAGUCACCGCGUUCUGCGCAUGUGCGCGCGCAGGUAGAAGCAGUCAAAUAUCCUUCCGACCAAGAAAAUAGUCCCAGAGUGAAUUUCUUUUCUGACUCGACAGAUAAGAUUUACGACGGUAUAAAACAAAUGAAUUCAAAAGGAAUUAAUGAGGAUCCUCUUAUGCAGUGUCUAAGGAACGGAUAUAACUACGAUGCGUAUAAUUCUGGUCAAAUUUACCCCUCGCAAGCGCUGCAAAAUAAACAAUAUGGCGUGAUUCCUCAGGCGGGCUACACUAGUGUUAUAGUGGACGCACAGCAAUAUCAAAUGGCGAAUGGAUUUGUGCACUGAAAUAUAAUGUCGAAAUGGUUCAACAAAAUGUUAAAAAAAUCACGUCCGACAAUAUGUUAAAUUUACUGAAUGUUAUAUGAUGUUCUAUUGUUUAAUAGUAAAAACUAUUUAUUAAAACCAGAUUGAUAUAUUUAUAUUCUGAAAUGAUUAGUUGAAAUAUUUAUUCAAGUUGAUUCGGAAUAUUCUACACUCUAGUAUAUUAUUUUUAAUUUGACUAAUUUGCUCAUUAUACAAAUUUUAUCUUGUUUGUAUUUCAAAAAAUUAUAUCGACUUCCCAGUUUCGUACAAACACAACCUAAGUUAUGAAUUAUGAUUACACAGAAACAUAUUUACAUGUUAUUCUUUAGAAUGAUCAAUAUAAGGGACACAUUCUGUACUUUUCUUGAAUACGUUAUUGAAGUAAUAAAUUAUCAAUUAAAUAUGUAUGUAUUCUAAUAACCAUUUCGCCUUCUACAGUGCAAUUGUGUUUGGACAGGGCCAAUCAAAUAUGAUUUUACAAACACAUUAUCAUAUAUUCGCGAUGUAUUUUAAACAGAAAUUGUGAUUAUUGAAUUAUACACGUAAUGUAAUUUAUCCCAACGCCUUUGUAAAAUAACAAAUGUUUUUUUUAUUCGAGUAACACUGUCCUAAACAUUUUGGUGAUGCACAUGUUAUAUUUCGUUUAAAAACUAACAAAGUGAUACCAUGAAUAACAAAUCAAAUUCAACUUUUCAUGUACAUUAAUGUAUGUAUUCGUUUCCUUUUAUCAAGGGGCAGAAUCAACGGGGUUUUCAGCCGUUUACACACGGGCUGGGCAGAACUUUAUUUUUGCAAAUAUCUCAAGUUAUUGAAAUACAUUUGAAAAAAUCUUUAGUGCAUAAAAGACAGUUUUUCUUGCAGUUUGUGCCGAUGUCUUCAAUGGCGUAGCUGCUAUUAGGCACAGCGGACCCGGGCCUACAAUUUUUGUUUGAAACAUGAGAAAAUAAAAAUGCUUCAACUUCAAAAAACGCUCGCUUUAAAAUGUUGACCCUGAGGGGGUGAGGUGUUAGAAAUCUGCAUUUCAUAUUGACAUAUUCCUCAGACAAUUGAUUCUGGUCGUGUUCAAAGGAACAAAUCGUCCACGAGAAGCACCAUGUCAGGUGAAAAGCUAUCUGAUUUAGGACUCCUACACAUUCACGGGGUCGGAUGUUUCGAUCGAUGAGAUCAUCAACACAUUUGCCUCGGUUAAGUGUAGAAAUAUUGAUUUCAUGGUAUUGAUGCACUUGUUAGAAUAAUAAGUGUAAUAGAUCGAAUAUAAGUAAGUUUUACACUCAACACGUUACGGUGACGUUAUAGACAUGCAGACAGAAUUAUUGGAAAGAAUUCCCAUGGUUUGACCUGUGAAUAAGUGGAGUGUUACACUUUUAAAUGUUUCUCUGUUCCAUAUUGUUUGAAAAUUUAAUUCUCUGGAUAAAAGAUACUAGGUUUUUGUAUUAAUACAGUAAAAUUUAGUUCUCUGACAUUGAGAUAAAACAGUAAUAAAAAAAGGCAAAAGUCUUAUAUUUUCUUAUCUUAGUAUUUGUCUAGAUGUGCUUUAAAUCUCACCACAGGAUUUAUAGGAUUUAAAAAUUGUAAUGGGGAGGACCCCCAGACCUCCCUUUUUAUGUAUCAUAUCCGGGCCUACAGCUAGCUACGCCCCUGGUCUUACGGUAUAAGAAUAAUACUUUAAAUACGUCUGAAAUCUUUGACAAAAUUUUACAUUCCAUGAAACAUAACCGUGUAGUACAUGUACAUGAACAAGAACAAAGGCUUAUUAAAUAAAGUAAUUCUGAUGUAUUUCAUAUUGCCAUAAUCAUCAUAAAAACCUGUCUUUUGUGCACAAGUUGAAAUUCUAAGAAAAGUUGUUUAAACAAGUUAUUUGAAAUAAAGCACCACUAAUAACCGUCGUGUUAAAAUCCAUUAAAGUUAAAUGGGGAACCCCACAAAGUCGCAUGAUCCUGCACCAUGUUUAUUGUACAGACGAAAUGAUUUAUUCAUACAGUACACCUACAGCAAACGUUGAUCGAACAACUGUGAUUCCUAAUGAUAAAGUUAUUGGAUUUUUAUUUUCGGAAGUAUUCAGUGAUGAGACCUUAUUUAAAAAUAUGCUGCUGCAAAUUGUCAUAAUAUUGCGUGCUUAACUUAAAUGGGCAGUUCGUCGUUUGUCAAGAUUAAAUGUCGCACAAUGUGAUAAAUAUGCAUACAAAUGAUCAAUAAACGAUGGUUUUGUUGUUAGCAGUUAACAGUAUCACAUUUACAAAAGUUCAAUAUAAAGAAAAUAACUUUCCCUGUGCCAAUUUCGUGUUAAUAACCCCUUUAAAUCGUCUUUAUAUGUUAAUUUCUUGUUGAGAAUUAUGUUGCCAUGAUGUACGAUAAUGUGAUUACGUACCAAUAAAGAGAUUGAAAAUAGA